AUGACAUCCCGCUCGGCGCCUAUAGUGACUGUAUCGUCAUCUUUAGUGCCGGCAAUGCUGGCGUCUGCAGCGGGCCAUCACAUGCCAAGAAAGCCCACUCCAUGGUAUCCAUGGGCCGUCUCAUCAGGCUUAGUGGGAAGCGGACAGUUAGUCAAUACCGGCAACACUUCUCAUCACAUGUUGUUUCGUGAAAACAAAGAUUCCGACCACGGAGAAGAUAUCGAUAUGGAUGAUGACAACCAAUCGGAUACCUGUUCUGAGAAGGACUCGAUUCACACUAAGAAUAAAUUAAACGGCGGCUCAAGAAUGAAAGACAACGCGUCGAUCGUUCAGAACAAUAAUGGUAUGAAUGGGAACAGAAGGAAGAAGAAGACUAGAACUGUCUUCACUCGAAGCCAAGUCUUUCAAUUGGAGUCAACAUUUGAUAUGAAGAGGUAUUUGUCGAGUUCAGAGCGGGCGGGACUCGCAGCCUCCCUACACCUCACGGAAACUCAAGUUAAAAUAUGGUUUCAGAAUCGGCGAAACAAAUGGAAGCGUCAGUUGGCGGCCGAGUUGGAGGCGGCGAAUAUGGCUCACGCGGCCGCUCAACGCAUACGAGCCGUUCCCAUCUUAUAUCACACCACAUCCGGACAUCCCAGUCAUCCCGGACACCAUCACUCGCACUCACACGACACAAAUGGCAACCCAAACGCCUCGUCCACCACCAGCUCUGGUCACGCGGACAACGCGGCCGUAUCUCUUCAGGCGGCCCUCUCCUCAUACUAUUACCAUCCGUCACAUCAUUCUUCAGCGGCUGCUUUCAUAUCAUCUGGAAGUCACUUAAACUCUGCGGUGGCCUCAGCGGCGACUGCAGGCGCCAUAAGGACACCAACCAUAUCGGGUUUGGUCUGAUUUUGACAUUUCAU